AUCCAGUUGCGGGCUAUGAGUACUGGGUACAAAGAAUCCAGAACGCGUAUGGGAGCGCAUUGUUUUACAUUGAUACAAAUCUGACCGAAUUUACAACUUGUUUCCCUGAUUAUUUUAUUUUAUUUUAGCCGGCUUCAGGAUGAUGAAGUUUAGGUUCAGGAGGCAGGGCAACGACCCUCAACGAGAAAAAAUUAAACAGGAUCUUUUUGCAUUUAAUAAGACUGUUGAGCAUGGCUUUCCCAAUCAGCCCAGCGCUCUGGCGUAUGAUCCAAAACUACGACUGAUGGCCAUCGGAACGAAGUCGGGAGCAGUCAAAAUAUAUGGAGCCCCUGGUGUGGAGUUCACAGGUUUGCACAAGGAGACCGCCACAGUGACACAGAUGCACUUUUUACCUGGACAGGGGCGGCUCCUGUCCUUGCUGGAUGACAAUACCCUCCACUUGUGGGAGAUCAAUCUGCGGGAAGGCAGCUCCCAUCUGGAAGAGAUCCGUAGCUUUAUCCUUCCGGGAAGAGCCAGCUUCGAGAGUGCCAAUGCCCCGACCAGUGUUGCCCGCGUGACGGUGAUCCUGCUAUGGACCAGCUGCGACAUGGCCUGCCUUGGCACCGAGGGAGGAGGGGUGCACUUUGUGGAGCUACCCAGCCUGACGCUGGCAGACAGCAAGCCCCUCUUCCAGGACGAGAUCAUGCAGAGUGUUCCAGAGGAAUACAAGUGUGGGAAGACUCUGGGGCCAGUCGAGUCGCUACAGGAACACCCCCAGUGCCCAAGUAAGGUCCUGAUUGGUUACAGCAGAGGCCUGGUGGUUCUGUGGGACCAGAGCACCAGACAGGUGGACAAUCUCUUCUUGGGGAACCUGCAGCUGGAAAGCCUGGGUUGGGAGCGGAGUGGCAAGACGUUUGUGAGCUCUCACAGUGACGGAGGGUACAUGGUGUGGGCUGUGAACAGCAACAACCCCAGAGCCCAGCAGCCAGUCACCUCCACCAUACCGUACGGUCCCUUUCCAUGUAAGGCCAUUAACAAAAUCCAGUGGAGGACUUCAGAAUCGGGGAGCCCCCUCGUCCUCUUCAGUGGUGGCAUGCCCCGAGCCAGCUACGGGGACCGGCACUGCGUCACCGUCCUGCAGGACAAGACCCAGGUGACUCUGGACUUCACGUCCCGGGUCAUCGACUUCUUCACAAUCCACUGCACAGAGAGCGAGAAGGAGUACGAUGACCCCAAUGCUCUGGUCGUCCUUCUGGAAGAGGAGCUGGUGGUGAUAGACCUCCAGACCACUGGGUGGCCCACCAUCCCCUCUCCCUACCUUGCCCCCCUGCACUCUUCUGCCAUCACCUGCUCCUACCACAUCUCUAACGUGCCUGCCAAGCUGUGGGAGAGGAUCGUGGGUGCCGGGCAACAGCAGAACCCUCUGCAGACGCAUGUGAAGUGGCCAGUCAAUGGAGGGAAGAGUUUAUCUCCAGAACCACGUCAGAAGGGCCUGCUGUUAACGGGCCAUGAAGAUGGUACAGUUCGAUUCUGGGACGCAUCAGGAGUUUCUUUAAAGCCCCUGUACAAACUGAGCACCGCAAACAUCUUCCAGACAGACUGCGAUCACAACGACAGCCUGACCCAGCAGGGCGAGGACGAGUGGCCCCCCUUCAGGAAGGUCGGCUGCUUCGACCCCUACAGUGAUGACCCCAGGCUGGGGAUUCAGAAGAUCGCUCUGUGUAAAUACAGUGGCAAACUGGUGGUGGCUGGGACUGCAGGACAGGUUCUGGUGAUGGACCCCAAUGAUGAGAAGUCAGAUCACAUGAUCAAUAUGGCCACGUUGGACCUGCUUCAGGAUCGAGAAGGCUUCACUUGGAAAGGUCACGACCGGCUCACUCCCAACAACGGGCCAAUCAGCUUCCAGCCGGGGUUCCAGCCCAGCAUCCUGGUGCAGUGCAUGCCCCCUGCUGCCGUCACCGCGGUAACGCUGCACCCAGAGUGGAACCUCGUCGCCUUCGGUACCAGCCACGGAUUCGGCCUCUUUGACUACCACCGGCGCAACCCCGUCCUGGCCAGGUGUACGCUGCACCCCAACGACUCUCUGGCCAUGGAGGGCCCCUUGUCGCGGGUCAAAUCUCUAAAGAAAUCCCUGCGGCAGUCCUUCAGGAGAAUCCGCAAGAGCAGAGUAUCUGGGAAGAAACGACCUGUUGUGAACAGCCCUGCGAGCAAGGUGCAGGAGGCAAAUGCCCAGCUGGCAGAGCAGGCAGGGCCCCAUGACGUGGAGGUGGCACCGGUGCAGCGGAGGAUAGAGCCUCGCUCGGCGGACGACUCUCUCUCGGGGGUGGUGCGCUGCCUCUGCUUCGCCGACACCUACCUUCGAGACGGGACGCACCAUGGACCCACCAUGUGGGCUGGCACUAACUCGGGCUCGGUGUUCGCCUACGCGCUGGAGGUGCCCUCGCUGGAGAAGUUCUCAGAGCAGUGUGUGGAGGCUGUGCUGGGCAAGGAGAUCCAGCUGAUGCACCGGGCGCCCGUGGUGUCGAUCGCCGUGCUGGACGGCCGGGGGAACCCCCUCCCCGAACCCUACGAGGUGUCCCGGGACCUGGCCAAGGCACCGGACAUGCAGGGCAGCCACUCUGUGCUCAUCGCCUCCGAGGAGCAGUUCAAGGUGUUCACUCUUCCCAAGGUCAGCGCCAAGACCAAGUUCAAGCUGACGGCUCACGAGGGCUGCCGCGUGCGGAAGGUGGCCUUGGUUCACUUCACCAGCGUCUCCUCGGAGGACUACAGUGAGAACUGCCUGGUGUGCCUGACCAACCUGGGAGACAUCCAUGUGUUCAGCGUGCCCGGGCUGAGGCCGCAGAUGCGUUACGACUGCGUCCGCAAAGAGGACAUCAGUGGCAUCGCCUCCUGUGUGUUCACCAAGGCAGGCGAAGGUUUCUACUUGAUAUCCCCCUCUGAGUUUGAGCGCUUCUCCCUCUCGGCUCGCGUCAUCACAGAGCCGCUGUGCACAGUGGAGAUCAACCGGCCUCACGACUCCACAGCUGUCAGUAACAGCACAAGCGGGUCACUGCAGGCCAAUGGAACUCGCAAAAUGCAGAGUGAGAGCAGCUCCUUAGAAGAAGCAGAAGGGGUUUUUGAAGAGAUCCAGACUGCACUGUCCUCGCCAGCUCUCGACUCUCCCAACAGCAGCGCUGACAUCACCCUCGACACCACGGCUGACAUCACUGUGGAGGACGUCAAGGACUUCCUAGUGUCUGCGGAAGAAGCCGAGAAAAACCUGAAGAACAUGUCUGAGGAAGAACCCAGAUCACCAGGAAUCCUGAUAAACUGAGGCUCCUCUAUCUGUUGAGAAAGCAUGGGGGACGACCUGCAAGGAACACACCCUCUGAAAGACUGUCCUCCUGACUGGUCCAAGAGCUCUUAUCCCUGGGAUUCCCAUCAACGAUUUGGUCCUGAGCUUAUCCUCCGUGCCAAAAGAUGGUGGCUGCCAUUUUUACAGACCUUGUUGUGUGUUUUUUUUUUUUUAUAUAAAGCUCCUCCCUCCCUCCCUCCCUGCAUUCCUGUCUCCCUGAAUGAACCCCUCCCGUCAUCAUCAUCACCAACGUGAACACAUGCAUUCAAUGGACCUGCCUUUGAUACGAGAGAAGCAGCAUGUGCUGUUAUUUUUCAUUUGGGUUGGGUCCCUUUUCCAAUACUAACUUGACACAUGGUGUUUGUAUGGGCAGAUCCCAUCCUUUUUUUUUUUUAUAUCUGUUCUGGGACAUGGAUGUAUACUCACGUUUUGUGGCAGGGGGGCUUUCAAGGAAUAGGCGGUUCAGUACUUAAUCACUUUCCAAUGGAAUAAAAUAAGAACCAGUGGUUAGGUUCAGAUUCCCAGUAUUGGAAAGAUGUGGUUUUCUCAAAUCUGUGGGUUUGCUUUACUGUUUUUGGUUACAUAGAGGGACCAUUAUUAUUAUUAUUAUUAUUAUUAUUAUUAUUAUUAUCAUUAUUAUAUAUAUUUUUUUUUUUUUUUUGAUAAUUCUUGGCAUUUCAGUAUUAUUGGAGGCUUUAUUUUUUAAAUAACUUAUUCUGUCCAAUAGUUAUGCUGAAGUUUUUUUUUUAUUCACCUCCCCAUUCAAACCUGUGUUUCGUUUUGUUCCCAUUUUCCUCCCCCCGACCCAGAGGUACGUAUUGCAUUUCGUGGCACCUGGUCUGUGUGUUUGGUAUCCAAGUACUGUAUAAGGCCUUCUAGAUGGAUUAUGAAAUGAGGUAUGAACCAGCAGUGUGGGCACACCAUCACGGUGGAAAAUGGCUGUAUACAUUGAAUGAUUUUUUAAAUUUUUACAAAAAUGUGAAUUGUAUCUUGGGAAUAUAUAGAAGGGAACCGUUCUGUAGCCUGUGUUACAUGGAUGGAGAUAGUCACUUUAGAGAUCUCACUUUUGAUUGAUCAACUGUAAUGUCAAUGUGUUUUCACUCACAGUAUUAACACAACAUGUGCUUUGUUUUUCUGGGUUUUGUUAAAGGUACUGGUAGAUGGAUCACUUUAAAUCAGUGGCAUCCUUUUUGUUUCAGCGAGGAGAAGUUAAAAUGUCCUCUGAGCCUUCACAGACUACGUAUGGAGUUGAUUAAUUAGCAGACUUUUUAUAGACUGUUUUUAUUAAGGGAUCCUGCAACUAGUUUGUAUGGUUUUCACUGUCUUUCUGCAUGAAAUUUUUUUUUUUUCUUGUCUUUCCUAACUUUUUUAAUUGUAUUCAACCAUUUUGACUACAGUCUGUUUUUAGGAAUAACUCCAAGGGACAGUACAGGCGUCUUUAGUUAACAGCUGGUAAGUUUGCUCCUCUGCAUUCAGUACAGAUACAGCACCUUAACGCUGCAUCACUUACUUAAUGGAGAAUGAGGGACGUUUGACUUUAACUGUCAUGUACAAAAUGGCAGGAAAGCCAAUGUUCCUGGCUAUGGAAAUGUCAGUUUUCAGGUAGGCUAACUGCAGUUGAAAAUGCACAAACAACUUCACUGUUUUUACUGUGUAAAAUAUUUCCUUUACAAAAAAACAACAACUUUUAUUUCUGAUGUUGGAUCUACUUCACAUUUAGAAAGGGACCCCGCUGAUAUUGUUGUGUGUGUACAAUGUUGCUUUUUUUAUUAGAAGGUAAUGGAUUUUUUAUUACUUUAUUUCACUAUAAAUUGUGUAUUGUUUGAGCCGGCACCUACCCUGUGAAAUUUUUAGUGUUUGUUAAUUUUGUUUGUCUUCCUUUCAGUAGAAUGUACUUGUUACCUUGAGUUAGCAUUGUCAAGUAAUUGAAAAUAUUGGUUUUAAUGUUAAUAAAGCAUUUACUGCCUCUGAAUUUGCUGCGUGACCUAGUCCUUAAGGGUUGCUUCCUGUAUUUCACCAAGUUCUUUAAGGAAUAUUUUCCAUGAAUAAAAUACAAGUUUAAUGUUAAUGAAACCAUCGAUAAUCUACAACAGUGUCAUGUCAAACUUGAUUUUAUACAUGAAAACAGACUUCAAAUAACUGUGAAUAGAGGUGAAUAUCUAGAAAUGAUGUGCAUUAGCAGUCUUGUAAAAAACAAAUUGCAACAAUUUAGCUUUUAACGUGCUUUAUGUAUGGUACAGUGGUUUGUUAUAUGAGACUUCGAUACAUUGAUUGGGCAAGGGUCUGUGGUUUACAAACAAAUACUAACAGACCUUGCAACUGGAUUGCUUUCACACUAAAUGCUAUGGCUGCUAUACACACAAUGUUAACUAACUUUACAAAGUCUAUUGCAUUGAUAAAACACCUGUUUUAUAAUGACUUACUCCUCGCAUUAUUCAAUAAAGAUUUAUUGACCAAGUAAGAUUCUGGGGUAGAAUUAUUAUUUUUUUUAAGUUGUUUGGAUAAAUGGUCUUUUAGGAAAAAUAUAUGUUUUACAUGGAGCCAUAGAAGGUGGAGAAAACAGUUGUUUAAGAUAGAAAAACUAAGAACAAAAUCAAAUAAAUGUGAUGUGCAAUUUUAUUGAAAUACAAAAUGCAUAAAUACAGGUACGAUACUUUCCACCUCAUCUCCCAGUAAUAUUGCAGAAUAGGCAAGUGCAAACAACAAGCUGAUGCAGCAAUAGGAAAACAAACAUUUCCCAAACAUUGGACAAAUUCCAAGUUUCAUUUUGAAUAGCAUUCAACACGUGAGAGGGUACCUUGACCAGCACAAAACACUUCGCAAGGAAAACAGUUAAAACAGGAAUAUAAAAAAGUAAUAAUGUAGUAUAACCUCAGGAUUACAUUGCUCAUUUUAAUACACAGUAGCCUACCACUCUACCAUCUGCAGAGUUCAUACAUAUCAAUACCUCAGCCAUUGUUCCAGGUUCAGAUAGACUCUUUCCUAAUUUAACUAUACAGGGAAACACCCAUCCACAAGUCAUUCUAGAAACUGCUGAAGCAAUUGACCAUUAACUUUGAUUUACUAUAUGAAGCAUCACUAUUAAUUACUCCUGGUUUAGAAAGGAAGUGUUUAGGCACAGGAGUACUUUUAAAUUAUUGCAAUUGCUAUGAAAUGUGAAGACAGAAAAGGUGUUAAGAGCCUUUUACUGAAUUAUCAAGACGACGCUCUAUAAAGACAUGGUCUGUUAUUUGACUUUGCAGCGGCCACAGCAAUCCCUGCAUAGUAAAAGAAAUCAAUACCAGCUUUUUCAGUAGUUCUACUUUUUAAAAAAGGUAAGAGAGCAACACAAAACCCAAUAGGACCUUUAGUGGUGAGAAGUAUAUUCUGAAUCAGCUACCCCGUCAAGUCUACUGCUAACCAUUGCCAACUGGUAUUAAAGAAAAAACAAAUAAAAAUCAACCAUCUUUAAAAAAAAAAAAA